UUUGAGCGUGGUCCUCCUUUCCAAAAACGGAUGUUGUCUUUAUCUCAUAUCCGGGUGUUGCAUAGAUUUCUGUCCCCAAAAUGGCGAACGUAGCUACCGCUGCAGCGGUUGCUGCCGCCGCAGCUGCCGCCGCAAAUAGAGACCCAGCCGUAGAUCGGUCAUUACGAUCAGUGUUUGUGGGAAACAUUCCGUAUGAAGCCACAGAGGAACAGCUGAAAGACAUCUUCUCUGAGGUCGGACUGGUUGUCAGCUUCAGGUUAGUGUAUGACAGGGAGACGGGGAAGCCAAAGGGAUAUGGCUUCUGUGAGUAUCAGGACCAGGAGACGGCCCUCAGUGCCAUGCGGAACCUGAACGGGAGGGAGUUCAGCGGCCGCGCGCUCAGAGUGGACAAUGCAGCCAGUGAGAAAAAUAAAGAAGAACUUAAAAGUUUGGGGACCGGAGCCCCCAUCAUUGAGUCUCCUUAUGGGGAUAAUGUUCAGCCGGAGGAGGCCCCGGAGUCCAUCAGCAGGGCCGUGGCCAGUCUGCCGCCUGAGCAGAUGUUCGAGCUGAUGAAACAGAUGAAGCUGUGUGUCCAGAACAGCCCGCAGGAGGCCAGGAACAUGCUGCUGCAGAACCCCCAGCUGGCCUACGCCCUGCUGCAGGCUCAGGUGGUCAUGCGAAUCGUUGACCCUGAGAUAGCGUUGAAAAUGCUCCACCGUCAGUCUACAGUCCAGUCUCUGAUUCCUGGCGGUCAGGGUGGAGGGGCACCGCCCAUCAAUCCCGCUGCCGUUCAGGCCAAUGUGCCGGUGUCCCAGCCACAGCCGGUGCCCGGCAUGCACGUCAACGGAGCGCCCCAGAUGAUGCAGCCCGCCAGCAUGGGGGUCGUGCCGGGACCGGUGCCCGUGCCCGGGCCGGUGCAGGGACCGGUCGGACCUCCAGGGAACCUCCAGCAUUCCCCCACAGGAUCGGCCGGUCCAGCUGCCAUCGAGCGGCCUCAAGGACCAGGUGGUAUCCCCCCCAGAGGGCUGCUGGGAGACGGUCCCAACGACCCCAGAGGAGGCACCCUGCUGUCGGUCACCGGAGAGGUCAUUGACCCCAACCGGCCCUACAUGGCAGCUCCGCCUCCCCACCAAGCCCCCCCUGUGCACAUGCAGCCGAUGGGAGGCGGACCCCCGCCCGAUAUGAGGGGGCCUCCGAUGGACAUGAGGGGCCCGCCGAUGGGCGAGCCCAGAAACAUGAUGGUGGACCCGAGAGCGCCCCCCAUGAUGGAGCCGCGCGGACCCCCCAUGGAAACCAGAGGCCGCGACCCCAGAGCCAUGGACGCCCGCGGGCCAGUGACCGGUCAGAGGGUUCCCAUGGCGGCGCCGAUGCAGGGCCCCGUCCCACACGGCAUGGGGCCCAACGCCCCCCCACCCGCAAGAGCGGGUCCGGGCAUUUCUGGCGUUGCCCCGUCGGGGGGGGGCUUCAGCCCCGGGCAGACUCAGGUGUCCACGCAGGACCAGGAGAAGGCCGCCCUGAUCAUGCAGGUGCUGCAGCUGACCCCGGAACAGAUCGCCAUGCUGCCCCCGGAGCAGCGGCAGAGCAUCCUCAUUCUCAAAGAGCAGAUCCAGAAGACCGCCAGCGGCGCGCCGUGAAAGGGCGCGGGCCCAAAAUGGCCGCGCCACUCCAGACAAUUGUUCUGUUGUCAUUGAGCAACUUCAUUUCUAUUUCUGUCGUGUUUCCGAUGCCUCGCCGUCGUACGAGAACCGGCCUGAAUGCAGCCGAGGGCGUCUGGUCUUAACUCAGAUUACCGUAGUUUCGUUUGGCCUCUGUUUUUGUAUGAGAAUAAAGCUGAUCCACGCAAAUAAAGAUUAAAAAAAAAAGAUCUUUAAGAAGGUGACGUCGGUGAAUGCCGAUGGGAAACACUCGAAUGUUACGAGGUUUCAUCUUUUUCAUGUUGUGGCUCUCCAAGCUGUUUUGUCAAUAAAAUAAAUGAAUACUCACA